GAUAACUUGGGUCAGCUGUUGCUCACUUUGUUUUGUGUAAAUAAUUGGAUGCGGAGAAAAACUUAUUAUUAUUGCCAUAAGUUCUCUAGUCUUCCGCUUUAACACAUUUUCCAUGUCGGACGACAUCAAGAAGUAUUUAGACGGCCUGCUGCAAAAGGUCAGCGGGCUGUACGUUAUUCAGAUUACGGAUCGCGACGGAGUGCCCCUCCUGCGGGUUAGCCAGGAGAAGAACGUGGACUUCGCCCUGAUGCCCUCGUUCAUACCCACAUUCACCACCGCCUGCGAUCAGGCCAGCAAACUGGGAUUGGGCAGGAACAAGACCAUCAUCUCCAUGUACUCCAAUUACCAGGUGGUCCAGAUGAACAAGCUGCCGCUCAUCCUGACCUUUGUGGGCGCGGAGAACUGUAACACGGGACACAUUCUCGCACUGGAGCACCAGGUCGAUGGCUAUUUGGAGGACAUUAAACAGGCUGUCACCGAGGCCUAAAGUUAGUCUACACUGUAAUAUGCAUAUUUUUAAUAUUUACUAAAUGUUUAUACAUACUUUACUGAGAA